CAAAUUUAUAUUUAUUAUUGAAUAAAUAUGCAGAGUAAAUAGCACAUAUGCUACCCGUGAAAACAAAUUGAAUUAUACAGCAAAUUAAACAACAAAUACUUUUCGUCGUGUUUUCAAAUGUUUGGCUAUUAAAGCGCUUACAGCUUAAUUGGGCGUUACAAAGUGGUCUUGGCAAUUUGUAAAUUCAGAUAAAUUCGAAUAAAGGAAGUGUGAUAUACGAAAGGAAAAAAUAUCAGUAUACUAUAAAUAUAAAAACGAUAUUAUAAAAACUGCGAGAAAAAAUAUAUCUAUUUGUGAAACGGAACACAUAGAAACAAGAGUGUAACAUUAUUCAUCAUGUUGGCCUUUCAUAAUGAACAUAUAGCCAGUUGCGCUUUUCUGACUUAUUUCAGUCCGGAGAGCUCCGCCACGCCCGCCACGUCGCCCACGUCAGGAGCACAGGCAACGCUCCACAAUGACAAGCAGUCCAUAGCAGGGGUUGCCUAUCCAUGUGGCGCCCUAAACGUGCGGCGCUUGCGCUGGCAGCAAAAUCCACAAUCCCUUGGAUACCCUUACCCUCGUCUGCAGCUGCAACGCCACCAACAGCAACCACUACCAAAUCAGCCAUCCAGUUCCGGCCGCCUCAGUUUGAGCAGCCGCCACAGUUUGCGCGAUUGCUGCAAGACCCAGGCAAUUUGCUAACAGCAAUUGCAU